AGAAACAAACACAGGUUGGCUUAUGAAAACGUGCUGCUCAGCAAGAGUGCUGCUGAUUGGUUAGUUUAUGGUCACAUGCAGCCUUAGCCAAUCAGAGUUUGGCUAAACUCUUAGCCAAUCAGGUGGCUCGGGUUCAUGUCCCGCCACCUACUGUACAUUAUCGUGUGACCUCACAGCCUCAGAACGAAAAGCUUUUAAAGAUAAAAGUUAAAAAUAAUAAUUGCAUCAAUUAAACAAUGAUACUGAAAAUGUAAAACAAUUGAUAAAAUUCAUUAAAAUGUAAUGUUAAAAAUCACAUACACAAUAAAUAAGUAGUGUACAUAAUAAAAGAAAUAUGUGUUCAUAUAUGAAAAAAUACUCGUGCACCUGUUUUGGAUGUUUAAACCAUAAUUCUCAAAUGAAUUUCCAAAUUCUUCAUUCAAGUUAACAGUAUUAAAGUCAAUUCGUUUAGCUAUGAUUCAGCUAUGAUAAAUUAUCCAGCUAUUAUUCUAAAAGGACCGUCUUUCAUUAUAAAUAGCUGAGACUUUACAGAAAAUUUAAUAAGAAGUAGAUGACAAACUCUUCAAUAUUCUUUUUUUCUAUCUUGAGAGGAAACCAUUUAUUAAAAAAUAAUAUAUCUCUUUAAAGAAAAUCAGAAUCAAAUAUCUUCUUUCCACUUCCUUAAAAAGUAAAAUAAAUUAAUGUCAAAUGUAUGUAUGUUUAACCUUAUUAGAACUUUUUGCAAAAGAAAAUAAAAAUAGAUACCAACUCUAGUGUGCUUUGAGACAACAUUUCUAUUGCAAGUUCGAUGUUUUUGUAAGGAUUUUCAAAAUUGGAUCUUGUAUUAGAAAUAUUUUCAACAUUUUAAUAUGAUAAAGGUUGGUCUUCUAUGAAACGACUGUAGUAACAAUUUAAUCCUUCUGGCUAUUUUCAUUCACAAGUGCCAUUUUUUAAAAAAAUUCAAGAUUUAAAAGUAAAAUUACUUUAUUUUACGAAGCACUUGAUAAACGUUGCUUCGACACAAAAGCGCAAUCUUUAUACAAAUAUUUUAAAAACUCAAUUAAGGUUUGAAAUUCACUCUUACCAUGGUAAUAUUUUCUGUUUAUUUUUCCCCAUUGUUUGUUUUGUAUUUUAAUAGACUGCUGUUAUUUAGGUAAUUUUCUUUUUUGUAGAGAAUGCCUAAUCUUUAAUAAAGAUAAAAACAAACAGGAGAAGAUAGCAGCUCCCCCCGCUGGACGAAAUGCGUACAGCACCUGGUAUUUCCAUCCGGGUUCCCGUACAGUGCGUGGUGCGCGCUCCCCUCUGAAGGCCCUGUUGUGGCGGGAAAAUCGAUAAGAGUUGAAGCUAGAUACGUUGCUUAAGUUUAUGUUAGUUUACUUCGCUUUGUUUGCUCAUAAACAUCAAUCUGAAGAGAUUAUAAAGUUCCGUCUAAUAUAAUUUUAUAAUUCAGCUCCUUAGUAAACUCUUAACUCGACAUUAGACUAUUUUUUGUUGACGCUUAGCAUUAGCAUUUUUUCGUUAACAUUUCGUUGUCUUUUUUUUUUUUAGCAGUCAGAGGUUUUCAAAAAUGGCAGCAAGAAAACAAAUGAAGAAAAAGGUACUAGAAGAGAAAACAGAGAAAAAUGUUUAUGAUUUUCCCGCAGGAGACGAUAAAAAGGAGCUCAGCGGCUCAGAGGAUGAUAUCAGGGAAGAUGAAACGCCAAUUCUGGACAAGCUGUCAAAGAAAAGGCCUGCACCUGAUUUUGAUGAGGAGGGAACAGCAUGUGCCGUGGGAAAUGAAGUCCAGUCUAUGUUGGAGAAAUUUGGAGCUGAUAUAAGUAAAGUGAUGCAGGCCAAGAAGAAACGCCUGGAGUGUCUGACAAAAAAUUACAUGAAGGGAAGCCAGCACAAGCUGGAGCAGCUGUGGACCAACUACCAUGGACAGAGGAAGAAGAUGACCCAGCAGUACCAUCAGCAGGUUUCUUCUGCGCUGCAGAUGUGGGAGGUUGAAGCUCAGCGAACCGAGGAGCAGGAGGAGAAACUCAAUAAUUUGUUUCGGCAGCAGCUGAAAGUCCUGCAGCAGGCCCGAGUCGUUCAGAACCAGAAGCUGAAAGCCGUCAGAGAGCUGUAUGAGCAGUUCAUGAAGAACAUGGAGGACAUGGAGAAAAACCACGAGAUGUUCCUGCAAGGAACGCAGCAGGAACUGAGGAAGGAGAUGGCCACCCUGCAGAAGAAGAUUCUCAUGGACACGCAACAGCAGGAGAUGGCCACAGUCCGCAAGUCGCUACAGUCCAUGCUCUUCUAACCUGCUGUUACCAUGGCGACUGUUCCAGCGUUUGAGUUUGUUGUUCCUUAAUGCAGCAACAUUUCGGUUACUGAACCACAUUGAUGUUUAUUUUAAAAAAUUCAGAUUUUUAAAAGAUGAUGCAGUUUGUUUCAGCCGCUCUCACUCUGCUUUGUUUUUAUCGCCAGCAGGUGGCGCUGUGUUUAUAUCUGAAGUCACUUUAUAAAGAUGAGCUCUGUUGAGUGCCUGUUAAAUCUAACAAUAAAAAUUGAAUGUUUAAGUGUU